AUGGAAAUCGUAUACGUCUACCAACGCAAGCGCUCCGAGUUUGGCCGGCAGCCGACCUUCGUCGACCGCCCUGCCGAGCUCUCGUACUCGAUCCCACCAGACCCGUCGCUCGCGCGGCACUAUGUCGAGCGGCCGCAGUGCCUGGUCGAAUCGCAGUCGGUGCCCGAGCAAAGCGAGCAUGAGGUCAACACCGAGAGCAUCUCCUUCACCAACCGUGGCAUUCUGCACCUUCAAGGCGGAUGGCCCAAGGACGUCGACGCGAGCGACGUCGAGCACACCAUCCGCUACCGCAAAAAGAUCGAGAAGGACGAGGAGUACAUCCGUGCCGUCCAGGCGCUGGGUUUGUCCAUGGAGCACUGUAUCAAGCAGAACAAUGCCAUCGAUAUCUAUGAGGAAUAUUUCGCCGAGAUGCCCGACACGUCCGUGAUCGAGGCUCCCACCGCCAAAUCCCUCAAUGUCUACCGCGACCCCAAUCCCAUUCCCCGUGCCGCAACCUAUCUGUCGUGGUAUCCGGACGACGGCCACAAAAUCGCCGUGGCUUACUCCGUACUCGAGUUCCAGAAACAGGUCUCGGGCAUGUCCAACGACUCGUAUAUCUGGGACGUGGAGAACCCCAGCACCCCCGAUCUGACACUGACGCCCAGCAGCCCGCUCGUCUGCAUCAAGUACAACCCGAAGGACCCCCAUAUUCUCGUGGGUGGAACAUACAACGGUCUGCUGUCGUACUGGGAUACGAGAAAGGGCUCCUAUCCGGUCGACACCUCACCCAUUCAGAAGAGCCACAGGGACCCGGUUUACAAUGUGCAAUGGGUCCAGUCGAAAUCAGGAUCCGAGUUCUUCUCCGUCUCGACUGACGGCCAGGUGCUGUGGUGGGAUAUCCGAAAGCUCACCGAUCCCACCGAGAGUCUCCUUCUGGACCCUGAGAAGAACGGAAACGUUAUCGGAGGCACCGUGCUAGACUUUGAAACCACCAUGCCGACAAAAUUCAUGGUCGGUGCCGAGAACGGCUCGAUAUUCAUGUGCAACAAGAAAGCCAAGAACCCGAGCGAGAAGAUCACACACACGUACCCUGGCCACCACGGUCCAGUUUAUGCACUGCAGCGCAACCCGUUCUUCCUGAAGAAUUUUCUCACUGUCGGCGACUGGACAGCUAAGAUCUGGGUCGAGGAUGCCAAGACGCCGAUCAUGAGCACGCGAUACACCAUGUCUUAUUUGACCGACGCCUGCUGGAGCCCGACCCGACCAUCGCUCUUCUUCACCUCCAAAAUGGACGGCACCAUUGACUUUUGGGACUACAUAUUCAAGCAAAAUGACCCCACGCUCACGGUUCAAGUCUGCAGUGCGCCAAUCCACUGCAUCAAGGCCCAGGAUCAUGGUCGAUUGCUCGCCGCCUCCGCCCGAAACGGAACCACCACUCUCCUGGAGCUAUCGGAUGGCCUGGCCAAAAUUCAGCCAAACGAGAAGUCCAUAUUUUCGCAGAUGCUGGAGAGAGAAGCCAAGCGUGAAAAGACCCUCGAGAGCGCGGCCAGAGAAAAGAGACUCAAGGCAGCCCAGAAGCGUCCUACAUCGGCCUCCUAUCGCCCCAAGGGUUCGGCGCUGGAUGAGCUGCUCAAGAUGGCCGAGGACGACUUUUUCAGUUCCAUCGACGACGGAUCGGGCACAGCGCGUGAAAGACUCAUGGAGGACAAACGAAAGCGGGAUGAGGCCGUCCGCCUAUCGAAGGAAGGUGCUUGA